AUGAUAAGUUUAACUAUUGAAACUUACAACAUCAAAAAGACAGCACACGUUUAUAUUUUGAUUUUUUUCCUCAUCUUAGAAACUAAUUCGUCCAAUCAACAACAAUCGUUUAAAUGUCCUUACUGUACAGAUGAAUUUCUUCAAAUAGCACAUUUACAUUUACACACAACUCAAUGUCAUCCAGAUCAAACGGAAAAUCUUAGUAAUUGUCUUCAUUGCAAUGCCGUUUUUACUAACAAAGAUGAUUUACAUCAACACGAACUAAAUCAUAACGCCAGCCAAGUUGCAUGUCAUUUAUGUAAUAAAAUAUUUGCUAAUAUUUAUCGUCUUCAACGCCACAUGCUGAGUCAUGAAGUUGAUCCUCAAACACGAAAAUUCAAAUGUUCUCACUGUUCAAAAGCAUUUAAAUUCAAACAUCAUUUAAAAGAACAUGUUCGUAUCCAUACUGGUGAAAAACCAUUUGUUUGUGCUAAUUGUGGUAAACGCUUCUCACAUUCGGGUUCUUAUUCAUCACACAUGACAUCGAAGAAAUGUUAUGCAUAUCCACAAUCAACAUUGAACAAUAGUUUACAUUCAGCACCAACACAAGUACCACCAACAACAAAUUCCUCUGUAGCCGCUUUACUUGCUACGCGUUCAAUGUUAAACUUUGGUCCAUUUGCGUUAGCAGCUCUAGCUGCUGCAGCUGCUCAACAACAGCAAUCGCAGCAACGUAAAGAUUCUUAUUCCUCGACACCCAAAUCUCAUUCACGUAGUCCAUCACCCUCAGCCUGGCCAUCCAUACCAUUAACAACUCCACCAUCAUCUUCUUCAUCGGAUAGAAACAACAAUGCUAACCAUGAGAUCGAAGCUGGAGAAAUUCCAACAAUAACUUCACCUGUACGAAAACGUAAACGACGAAAUCUGUUAACAAACGAUCAAGACACAUCAUCAUUAUUAUCGUCAUCGGCUACAACUGAUUUGCUUGACAAACAACAACUAAAUAUGUUACGUGCCCAUUAUGCUUUAAAUCCAUAUCCAAAUUCCAAUGAACUGCAUGAAAUAUCCAAACGUGUUGGUCUUAGCGAACAACAUGUUCAGCAUUGGUUUCAUGUUUUGCGCACAAGUUAUGCUGCUGCUAAUAAUAUCAAAUCAUCUGGUAACACAUUCAUUCCAUCACCAACAACUAGUACUAAUCAAAAUAAUAAUAACAAUACUAAUAAUCACAAUAAUGCAGCAACGCAACCAUUUUUACCUCUUGCUUAUUAUCAUUUACGUGCUUCACUAAUGGCUGCUGCGACAAAUAAUUCUUCAAUACCCGCACCACCACCACCACCGCCACUUUCAUUUCCAUCAAUGAAUCCAACAUCGUCAAAAGAACAAACUGAACCAUUAGAUUUAACAGUAAAAAAAUCUCAUCUUAAAUCCGGUGAACAACAACUUGCUGCUCAUUUACACAUGACCGCAACAGUUGCAUUUAAUAAUGAUACAAAUUGGUAUGAGAAUAAGAAUGAAUGGAUCAAAAACGAAACCUUCAGUCCAGAUAGUACAGCUGAUAAUUGUUCAUCUGAAACCAGUCUUCUCUCGAACGAUGAAUCCUCAUCGCUGUGCGGGCAAUUGAUGGAUAGUGAUUUGACACGUAAAAGAAAAUCAUGGAAAAAUCAUAUUCAAGGUGAAAUGUAUGCGUGUGACAUGUGCGAUAAACGCUUUAGUAAACAAAGUUCAUUAGCUCGACAUAAAUAUGAACAUUCUGGAGUUCGCCCGUUUGUAUGUGAUGUUUGUACAAAAGCAUUUAAGCAUAAACAUCAUCUUGCUGAACACCGUCGUUUACAUACAGGUGAAAAACCGUUUCAAUGCACAAAAUGUUUUAAACGUUUUAGUCAUUCUGGUUCAUUCAGCCAACAUAUGAAUCAUCGAUAUAAAUAUUGUCGUCCGUAUCAAACCGAGGCAGCAGCGGCUGCUGCAGCUGCAGCUGCUAAUGCUGGUCAGUUGAAUGACAAUCCGAAUAUGAUGAUGGAAGAUGACGAACUCAUCGAAGAUGAAGAUCUCGAAGACAAACAGCAACAACAACAUCAUCAAGAAAUACAAUCUCAAAACGAUAAUGAAGAGGAAGAAGAAAUAGAAGCAAGUCACACAGAUGAUUCUAAUCAUCAGAAUGAAACAACAAAUGCGACAAUAGACGAGUAA